CAACCCAAGAGCUGCAAGGAAUCGAUUCCUUGUCUUCAGCCUUGGCACAUAGGCAUGGCGUCCUCCUCGCUGAUGCCUGCCAUAACAUCGAUAACAUGUCCUCUUCGAGCACCAACGUCGUCGGUUGCAAUGCAAGCUGGAGCUUGUAACGCGUCUGGCCAUGUGCAUGCGCGCCUCGGAAAGCGGUGCAGCUUCGCGCCCGUGCUGCCAGCCGACGCGAGCAGAUCUGUUUCACAACCACGCGCCUCUUACUUGGUUGUGCGCGCGGUUCAUGCUGCUGGGGCUUCCGAGCAAGAAACCCUUUCCGCCACUAGCGCGGUCCACACAUCCGGAACGGCCCCCGAGGUGCUGCUCUCGGCGGUGCCCCCCGCAGCGCUAGAGAGCCUGGCGGCCGCUCCCCUCACCGAGCGACAGCCACGCAAGCGCUCCACGAGGCGCAAGGCUGCAGGCGAGGAUCAGCAGCAGCAGCAGCAGCAGCAUCAAGAUGAGGCCGCGACGCCUGGGCACGCCAGCACCUCCGCGCCAGCGGAGGUCGCAGCUGCCUCCCCCAGCGCCCCCACUUCACGGCGCCGGGGAAGGAAGUCGAUGCGAGAGGAGGCGCCUCCUCCAGAGUCUCAGGCACCCCAGGAGCCGCAGCACACAGGCGAGAGCGCCGUCGCUGCUGCGGUGGCGGCAGCUUCCGCGGCCGCUGCUGCGGCGGCAGCAACUACUGCCUCGCCUGUAGCCUUGCCCCGUACCUCGCCCGCGGCCUCGCCCCGUGCCUCGACCUCGGGGACAUCUUCCUCAGAGCCGCGGCCGCCGCCACCUUCACGCACCCAGCGCAGGAGCUCCGCGGAUGGCAAUGGGUCAGCUGCAGCUGCUGAGCCCACUGCUGAGAUGGAGGCGGCGCGCGAGGCGGCGCGCGAGGCGGCUCGGGAGCGCAUCGCCGCACUCAAGGCCUCGCUCGUUUCUAAUCUGAGAAAAAAGAACCUGGCUCCGCCGCCCGCCUCUGUAAACCUCUUGCUAUCUCCGCUGGCGCCCAAAAGGCCGCCGGUGCAGCCGGCCGGCGAGGCGCCCGCCGCGCCCGCCACGUCCACAGCAUCGCCCGCGCUGGCGCCCGCGGCGGGCGCGGGUCAGGAGCGUGCACAGCAGCUGCCGGCGCCGCCAGCGCCGUCGAUAGGCCUGAAGCCGGAGGUACUGCCGGCACGCAUGCGGCCUCGCAAGGGCCCCGCGGCGGCGGCGGCCACUGCCACGGCUGCCGCCGCGGCCGCGGCAGCAGCGGCGGCAGAAGAGCGGCGGAGUCAGCGCAUGAGGGAGCGUGCUGAGCAGCAGGCAGCGAUGAUGCAGCGGGAGGCAGCGGCUUCGACGGCGGAGCCGGUGGCGGGGCGUGUACUAAAGACCAGGGCCACACGGAAGCGGGAGGAGCAGGAGCAGCGCGCAGCGUCGUCAUCGCGGCGGCAGCGGGAGGAGCAGGUGGCAACGCAGCGGAAGGAGGCGCAGGCAGAGGCCGCGGCAGAGCGGGCGCGUGAGGUGGAGCGGCAGGCGGCGCUGCGGCGUGCAAACGCGGAGUUCGCAAGCUACGUAGAGGGCAUGGCCGCAGCCGCCGCAACUGCGUCCUUGUCCCCGCCGCCUUCGUCCGCCUCUGGUGCCUCACAGGCGCCGGCUCACCACCACCAGCAGGCCGCGGAGGAGGCGAAGCUCAAGCAGCAGCGCGUUGAGGCGCGUGAGGCGCGUGAGGCACGGAAGCAGGAGGCGCGCCUGGAGCAGCAGCAGCAGCACCAGCAGCAGCAGCAGGAGAACGAGCUUCUGCAGGGGCUGGCGGAGAUGUUCAGAAACUUCGCGGGGCAGAGCGACCGCAUGCCGGCGCCGGUGCUGGCGGCCGCGAUGGUAGGCGGCGUGGCGCGGGGCGCUGCGGUGGCGGCCUCCCGCGCCGGCCAGCGCGUAGAGCCGUCGGGGCUCUUCGGCUCCUGGUGGGGCGGCGGCAGCCGCAGCAGUGGCAGUGGUAGCAGCGCUAGCAACAGCAGCAGUAGCAGCAAGGCCAGCCAAUGGGAGGCGCGCCGCCCUGUGGCGCAGCUCAUUCUGAAGCCCCUGGAGCCUGCCGCCGGUGGCAGUAGCAGCGACGGCAGCAGCUUCGACUAUCACCAUGACGACCCCCAGGACCAGCACCACCAGCCCGCCGCGGCAGGAGAGGCAGAGGCGGUGGUACGCGGAGGCGCGCUGCACGCGCGCUCGCUGCCCACGCGCGCCACACUCCUUGGCCUGAUGCGGCCACUGGCCCGCAGUCGCCUGCCCACGUUCACACGCCGCAUCGGCGUCCGCUUUGAGACCAUGCGCCGGCCCAAGAGGUUGCGGCUGUUGGUGAGCGAGGAGGCAGCGGCUGCCGCAGGCGCCGGCACCGACGGAGACGCACUUGCGCCGGCGGAGCUGCGCGCGCAGCGGCGGCGCUUCUACUACUACCGCAUGCUUGCGCCACAGCAGCAGCAGCAGAAGCGGCAGCAGCAGCAGCAGCCCACAGAUGCGUAUGCGGACCGGGCGGCCGGGGCGGAGGUGGCGGCGCAGGCAGACGUAGGUGCGGCAGGCUCCGCAGGUCAGGGCGAGGGCAUUGCUGAGGGCAUCGAUGCCCAGGGGCUGCGGGGGCGCUACCAGCUGUCAGGUCGCAACUUCCGACCGCGCCAGAAGGCGCAGUACACUGACCGCGUCAAGCAGACGUUGCGGAAGGCGGGACAGCAGGCGGCCGGCCGGGCCGGUUCUACGGCUGCUGCAGCCGCUGCUGUGUCGGCUGCGGCGGUGCAGCAGCAGCAGCAGCAGCAGCAGCAGAAGCCUGCUCGUGGGGAGGGGGAGGACCCGGAGGAGCGGGAGGCGGAGGGCGAGGAGGUGGACCCCCGUGGCGAGUACAACCCAGCGGCGGAGGUGACUAAUGACGCGUACGAGCAAUUGAUGGGCGUGCGGCUGCCCGAGAAGGCAAUGUACGGCCGGCGGGCAGAGGCGCUGGCGGCGCUGACGGCGGCGCAGGUCAAAUCCCAGUGCAAGCUGUGGACGGAGGCCUGCGGCAAGGAGUAUGCACUGGCGUUCCACGCACGCGAGCCGCUGCUGCUGGCGCAGCCGCCCACGGUUCUGCUGCUGUCGCUAGAACACCUGGCGACUGUGUUUGAGCUGGAGCCGGAGGCGGCGGUGGCGCUGGCGCUGCGCAGCCCCACACUCAUCGGCGUGCCGCUGGCGCAGCUCAAGAGCACGGUGGAGUCUGUGUCGACCUCUCUAGAGGUGGGCAUGCAGGAGGCGGGCCGCAUCGUGCAGCGCUGCCCCGUGCUGGUGCUGCGCGAGCCCACCUUCCCGGUGGCCCGCCGCGUGGCGCUGCUGGGCGCGCUGCUGCCGGUCAGCGGCGACAAGCUGCGGCAGGUGUUGCGGCAGCGCCCGCUGCUGCUGUCCAAGUCACUGCAGAGCCUGGCGUCCUUCAUGAUGCACGCGAGUGCGGCGCUGUCGCUGCCGCUGUUCGACGUGUCACUCAUGAUUGCAGGUGCGCCGGGUGUGACGGGCGUUAGCGCCGCGCGCCUCAGCGGCCGCUGGCAGCUGCUGCGGGAUGCGGCGUCCUCCCACCCGGUGUGGCGUGAGCAGCUGGCCACGCUGUCGCCGCCGUCGCUGGGGCGGUGCCUGGUCGCGAACGAGGCGGCGCUGGGGCGGCUGCAGACGGUGCUGCAGCGCGGGCUGCUGGAGCAGCACGAGGACCUCACCUCCUUCAAGCGCAUUCUCACCAUGUCAUCCAGCCGCUUUGAGGCCGCGCUGCGAGAGGCGGAAGCCAAGGCGUCCGGCCGCGCGCCCGCCAGGGCGGCGACGGCCACGGCAGCCAACGAUCCGCGCUGAACGACGGCGGCGGGUCAGGAGGGUGCGGAAGCGGUGGCGGAGGCGUUGUUGACUUCAUGGAGCUGGAGUGGUAGGUUGGUGAGGGCAUGGGUUGCGUCACCCGGAGGGUGGUGGCACGGGCGCAGGUAGGCGUGCUCUGGGUGGAUUGUGUAAAAGCGGUGAGCUGGAGAGCAUGCACGGAGAAUUUAGAGUUGCAUGGCCAUGACAAAGAGACGGCUCCCAUCGGCAGUUUUACAGUGCUUGGGUGCAAGCAUGGGUGCCUUAUAGUUGUGGUUGCGCUGAGUGAGACGUUCUGUUUGGUCUUGUCGUGCCUGGGUGCAAGUAGGCUAGGUUCCUGAAAAGCAGUUUUGCUUUGCGGCGUGCCUGAGAAGAUAACAUGUAUGUGCAUGUGCGUGUGGUUGCGGUGCUAUUCGAGCGUGAGGAGCAGAGGCGCUAAGAUUUGGAGCAUGAGACGCGGCUCGGAGGUAUCAUUGCAUCAUGGCAAGCGUACGCUAACAGGACAUAUGAUGCGAACGCAGGGUGCUCCGUGUGUUUAGGCGAGAUGUAGUAACAACUUGGAAGUGAGUCUGGCUGCCAGCUUCCAACGACAGCUACCCUUGUGCAGCUCAUUGCGGGUCGGGUGCUGUGAUUUUAUUCGUAUAUUGUAGGACUCGCAGAACGCGUCAAGUUGCUACACCUGAAGAGAGCGAAUGUAGACGUC